AAGAAACGACAAAGAUGGAAGCGACGGGACAACCUUCUCAAAUUCCUAAAGGAAAUAUUAGCGCAAGGGAUAACAGAGUUGCUACACACUCACAUAUUCGUGGUCUCGGUUUAAGAGAAGAUGGCUCUGCGGUUAUUGGUACGGGAUCUGCAGGUUGGGUAGGACAGAAUAGCGCAAGAGAGGCAUGUGGUAUCGUCUCUGACUUAAUCAAACUUCGCAAGUUCUCCGGUAGAGCACUUCUAUUAGCUGGUGCACCAGGUACAGGUAAAACAGCAUUAGCGUUGUCUAUUUCACAUGAAUUGGGUACUAAAGUACCAUUCUGUCCUAUGGUCGGAUCAGAAGUUUACUCUUCAGAAGUAAAGAAAACUGAAGUUUUAAUGGAAAACUUCCGUAGAGCGAUAGGUCUCCGCGUUAAAGAAGUCAAAGAAGUUUACGAAGGUGAAAUAUCUGAAUUAACACCAGCAGAAGCUGAAAACCCAUUAUCUGGAUACGGCAAGACUAUCAGCCACGUCGUCAUAUCACUUAAGACUAUGAAGGGUACAAAGCAGCUAAGAUUAGAUCCUUCAAUCUAUGAAUCUCUUCAGAAAGAGCGCGUCACCGUCGGUGAUAUUGUUUACAUUGAAGCCAAUACAGGUGCAGUUAAGCGUGUCGGUAGAUCUGAUGCAUACGCUACAUCAUUCGAUUUGGAAGCAGAAGAAUACGUACCAUUACCAAAAGGUGAAGUACACAAAAAGAAGGAAGUUAUCCAAGAUAUAACUUUGCAUGACCUCGACAUGGCAAACGCUAGACCUCAGGGUGGUCAAGACAUUAUGAGUGUGAUGGGUCAAUUAGUCAAGGGAAGAAGAACUGAAAUUACUGACAAAUUACGUGGAGAGAUCAACAAAGUUGUUAACAGCUACAUAGAGCAAGGUAUUGCUGAAUUGGUACCAGGUGUUUUGUUCAUCGAUGAAGUACACAUGCUGGAUAUUGAAUGUUUCACUUACCUUAAUAGAGCCCUUGAAAGUACGAUAUCUCCACACGUCAUCUUAGCUACAAACAGAGGUUUGUGUACUGUCAAAGGUACAGAAGAUAGCGGUGGUGAAGGUAUUGUUUCACCACAUGGUAUCCCUACAGAUUUAUUAGAUAGAUGUAUGAUUAUCAAGACUACACCAUACAACAAAGAUGAAAUCAAAACUGUUCUGAGCCUCAGAUCCAAGGUUGAGGGUUUGAAAUUAGGUGAAGCAGCAUUAGAUCAAUUAGCAGAAAAAGGUGCACAGACAUCUUUGAGAUAUGUAUUACAAACUUUGACCCCUGCCUCAAUUCUUUCUAAGAACAGUAAUAGAGCAGAAAUAUCACCGGAAGAUGUAUCUGAAUUGGAUGACCUCUUCAUUGAUGCAAAGACGUCAGCAGAUUUCACAGCAGUAUGUCUAUAUUCUCAUCUACAUUCCAC